GGUUCCCAACGAUAGGGCAGUGCCCGUGGGCAGGGUGAGGGUGCAGGUGCUGCGAGCGCUGGCAGGCAGCGGGGCAGAGCAGAGUUCUACCUGCACGUAGGAGCAACCCCGCCGAUAAGAGGCGGCGGAGGAAGAGGCUGAGAGAGGAAAAAGCCUUGAGUUGCUGCUGGGAACUUUUUGGCUGCGCUCGCCAUCGGCGCGCUGGUGGCACGGUAGCAUGGUGAGGAAAGCUGCUGUCGUGACGGUGCCUAAUGGGAGCUACUUGCAGGGGCAGCCGAACGGCAGGUUGCCCUCCAUGGACAGCAGGCAGCCACAAGAGAAGGUGGUGCUGAAGAAGAAAGUCACGCUGCUGAGGGGGAUCUCCAUCAUCAUUGGCACUAUCAUUGGGGCUGGCAUCUUCAUCUCACCCAAGGGGAUCCUGAAGAACACGGGCAGUGUGGGCAUGUCCUUGAUAGUCUGGACAGCAUGCGGCAUCCUCUCACUCUUCGGUGCCCUCUGCUAUGCUGAGCUGGGAACGUGCAUUAAGAAAUCUGGCGGUCACUACACAUAUAUCCUGGAGGCCUUUGGCCCACUGCCUGCUUUUGUGAGAGUCUGGGUGGAACUGCUGGUUAUUCGCCCUGCUGCCACAGCAGUGAUAUCUUUGGCAUUUGGACGCUACAUUUUGGAACCCUUCUUUAUGCAGUGUGAAAUCCCAGAACUUGCGAUUAAACUUAUUACAGCUGUUGGCAUCACGCUAGUGAUGGUCCUGAAUAGCACAAGUGUCAGCUGGAGUGCCCGCAUUCAGAUUUUCCUUACCUUUUGCAAGCUUGUAGCAAUUCUGAUAAUUAUAGUCCCCGGAGUUAUCCAGCUAAUUAAAGGAGAAACACAGCACUUUAAAAAUGCCUUUUCAGGGAAUGAUGCCAGUAUUAUGGGAUUACCACUUGCUUUCUAUUCAGGAAUGUACGCCUAUUCGGGCUGGUUUUACCUCAAUUUUGUUACCGAAGAAGUGGAAAACCCUGAAAAAAACAUACCCCUCGCAAUAUGCAUUUCAAUGAUUAUCGUCACAGUUGGCUAUGUGUUAACAAACGUGGCUUAUUUCACUACAAUCAGUGCUGGGGAAUUGCUGCUUUCAAAAGCUGUAGCAGUGACCUUUGCUGAACGAUUAAUGGGAAGCUUUUCUUUGGCUGUACCGGUGUUUGUUGCUCUCUCCUGCUUUGGGUCUAUGAAUGGUGGCAUUUUUGCAGUCUCCAGGAUGUUCUUCGUUGCCUCCCGUGAGGGUCACCUUCCGGAAAUUCUCUCCAUGAUUCAUGUCCGCAAGCACACUCCUCUGCCAGCUGUCAUUGUUUUGCACCCUCUCACAAUGAUAAUGUUAUUCAGUGGAGAUCUCUACAGCCUCCUGAAUUUCCUCAGUUUUGCCAGGUGGCUUUUUAUUGGACUGGUAGUUGCUGGCUUGAUUUAUCUCAGAUAUAAACGUCCUGAUAUGCCUCGUCCUUUCAAGGUGCCUCUAUUUAUUCCAGCAUUGUUUUCCUUCACCUGCCUCUUCAUGGUUGCACUGUCACUUUACUCCGAUCCAGUCAAUACAGGGAUUGGAUUCGCAAUAACCCUGACUGGAGUUCCUGCCUACUACCUCUUUAUUGUAUGGGACAAGAAACCAAAGUGGUUCAGAAAGCUCUUAGACACUGUAACUGAAGCAUUGCAAAUCCUCUUAGAAGUUGUCCCGUCAGAGGAGGACCAGAAAUCAUGAUCUGCAUCUACCAGAAAAUGCAGCCUUUGGCUUGAUGUUUCAUUUCAACCUGAGGAAUAGCAUGCGGAGAUGUCUUCCUCCUCCUAGUGCUCUGCAAAAUGGAAGAACAAAUCACAGUUGAGAUGGAUACUGAGUGUGUCAGUUACCAGAACUGUAUUUUAUGAUGUUGCAAUUUUUUUUUAAUGUGGUUGGUUUAUAUGUAGAGAGCAAGAACUUAUGCCAUAAGGGCUCUUUACUAUUUUUUGUUAGUGUUGUGUUUUAAGGAAACAUAGGUUCUUCAAACAAGGAUUUUUGUUGCAUUGUCACUGAAAAUAAGUCUAAGCAUUGUGUAAGUAAUAGUCAGGUGUACUGUGAAGAACGUAUCCUACUUGCUGUCGUGAAGAUCCUAUUCUCACUAGGGAAAGGGGAAGAUAAAGCUGCUGAGUAUCACUUAAUAAUGAUCUUCUUCUGCCUCUAUUUAGCAGCCCUAAUUUACUUAUUUCUUGUUUGGAGCACCAGUGCAUUGAUGAACAAAUACAGUGGUUUCUACUGUGUUUGUGGUAGCAAGAUCAGUGUACAGUAUAACAUAUAAAAGCAUCUUCUGAGAAUUAGUAUUUCUACCAGCGGGACAGGUAGAUUUUAGCCUAGGGGCAGUAAUUUCAUACGUGUUCAAGUUUCUACCAGUCAGGAAAUUAUGACUAUUUUUGCCAACAUUUAUUUGUCUAUGUGUGUAUGGGAAAUAUAGCAACAGAGUAAUUACCUUCAAAUCUGUAUUUGAAUCUGAUCUCCAUUGGUAUAUGAAUAUUUUCUAUCUGGAAGCAUACAAACCUGCAUUUAUCAGUCAGGCAAACAUGAUUUUAAAGUUUUAGAUAAUUACUUGUGGGCAGCAAAUGAAUAAUGGUCACUGGUUUUAUAAUCUGUGGGAAUUUUGUAUAGACACGGCAAUAAAUGCAAUACUGUUUUAUGAGUAAGGUGUAAGGCAAGCUACAGCAGAUCUGUUGAUUUGAGUUGGGAACACACCUAAUCUGUGGGUUUUUUAUUCAAGCACACUCCAAUUAAUUGGGCUUUGAAACACCCAGGAACAGGUGCUCUGCCAUCUUCUUCUUGGUUUUAUCUCAGCUGAAACAGAGAAAAACUAUCAAAACUGAUAAAAUCAAACUAGAUUGAAGUUUCACCUUCAGAAUGACGUUUGAUCUGAGAGUUGGCUCAAAUAUGAGCUGAAAUUUUGCCCUUAAAAAAAAAUGUAGAUAAGGAAUUUUUUAACACUUAAAAAUUCAGUUUUAUAUGAUUAAUCAGAGACUACUCAACCUUAAGACUAAGGUUUGUUAUCACUCUGCUAAGAAUAUAAUGCUUAAAUAUUGAAUGCACUACUUUUUGAGCUGUUUGCUAUUAGCAAAUUGUACGUUUCAUGAAAACUUUUAUGAAACUAAGCAACAUUAGACUUCCUAAAUAGGGAAGAAAGCACAACUAAUUGCCAGACCACUACAGUAAAGGGAGACUGUAUUUUGUACAUGUGUUGUAUAUAUUCAGAAUAUUUACCAUUUUAAGGGUGUACAGUAAAAUAUCUUAAAAUUCCUAAAUGUUUUUCUUUCUUGUACUUCUAUAGUGGAAUUUCGUAGAAAUAGGGAAAUGGGAAUAACAAGAGUGGUAAUUUAAGAGAGAGAGCAUUCUCCAAACUAUUUUUACUUUAAAUAUUUGCUGUUUACGGUAACUUAAAGUGUUAUUUGAAACUUUUUAGGCAAACAUUUUGAGCUAGAUUUUUGUGUUGACAGUGCAUGUGUUUAGUUGGGAUUUACACAUGGGGCAGAAGUGUGCUUUUGAGGCCACCUCUUGCCCAUCCCAGUCCCCCACGUUUUGGCCUGUGUCAGCCUGGAGCACCUUAGGUGUACGCCAUCUCCAUCCAUUUCUUGUGGAACCAAAGGCUUUUUGCCUCCCGGGAGCAGGGCUAUCACACUCCUUGCUUGUAGAAUCCCACCAGAGCAAAGCCUCCUCCACGCUGAUACUUUGGGCAGCAGGGCUUCCACAUCAGCUGUUUAACUCCGUGUAUUCACUCCUAUUGUGCCGUAUUACUUGAAAAAUUAGACAUAGCCAGUGUUAUUUUGUAGAAAUAAAUGGCUCUGUAAGUAUAACUGAAUGUUACUUUAUUUCUGUUGUUUUUGCCAUCGUGGACUUUAAAGUUUAGGAAUGUUUCUGAAGUCUGACCCAAUGACUGUAUUUUACUGUAUUCUCUGUUCAUGUAAGGGCUUAAUUUGUCCUGAGAGAGCUCCUUUGACUCAUUGUGAAGAUGUAUAUUUUGGGAGAAAAAAUGUUACCUGCAAAAUAAAAAACCUAAUUUUUUUUUGAAAA